CCUGCACCGUGUUUUUCCUACGGAAGUCCCAGGCCGCUGGUCCAUCAUCGCAUUUGUAACACGGCUAAGAAAAGCGACUUCUGUCAUUCGCUGGCCUAGUCCUGUCAUCACAGAGGGACCUCUCGUCAGAACCAGGUGUUUAGGGUUGCACUAAAGCUCCCUCUCUCCGCAUCUUGAUACUCUCGUCUUGAUGAACUAAAAUGGUUCCAUGUCUGUAGGAGUCACACAGAUAAAGUUGGGACUUUGUAACACUCAAAACCGAUAAGCAGCUCAGUUCCCAAAUAUUUAACGUCUAUUUUAAGCCUAUAUUAGAGAUAUUCAGUUACACCACAAGAGCCAGUGCAGAUGAUUUUUAUACAAUUCAAUUUUAAGUUCUCCAUGGGUAAAGACCUUUUACCCUUUUACUACUGCCAUUCAAUGGAAUACAUUUCCUGUCUGACUGAAAUUGAUCUGUGCACUUUUGAUUUAGGGAUCAGUAUUAUGAAGUGAUCUGUCUUUCAUGUGUCUCUCCUUCUCUCCUGCUGUUUAAUGAGACUGCCUGUGUUAUUUUUGUUGCAUCCAGUGUCUUGCUGUCAGUCCUGUCAGUCGUGUCAUCUUGUUCCUUCCCCUUUCAGCCUUCAUGGGGAAGUGAACUUUAGACUGUGUCUGUGUGUGUGCGUGUGUGUGUGUGUGUGUACAUGCUCGCCCGGGUAAAGGGAGGAGCUCAUUAACCUGCAGGAGGUCUUUCCUGUCCAUACACACAACAAAGCAGCUACUCUGUGGUCUGUCUCUGAUGAGAGGGUGAAGCUAUUUGUCACUGGAGAAAGAAAAAGCUCAUCUUUCAGGGCCUGUCAGUCAAUGUCCACCUUAGAAAACAGAAACAGGAAAAUAUGGUUCACAGUGCAACAAACGUUAAACAAAAAACCUAAUUCCCAUUCCAUAUGCACAGUUACAUUAGAGUAUGGUAGAACAUUUGGAGGAAUCUGUCUUCUUCUUUGAAUGUGUAGGAAAAUAUGUUCAAUCCUUUAUUUCUUGAAGGCGAUGAACUGAGAAAUGGGAAUGAAGACUUACCACAUGGGACAGGGGUUUGGGGUUGUGUCCCAUGAAAUUGACUUUUUUUUUUAAAAAAAAGGUCAUCAUUCUUUGACGUCCAUAUGUAAUUCAAACAAGUUCCUGUCAGUUCAGCUCCAUAUGAAAACAAUCAGCCACCCCUCAGCUUCCUGUUUGUGCUUUCAGCUGGACUUUUCUGUAAAGGAUUAGCCUAGGUUUAUUUUCAGACGUUUAAAAUAUAUAUAUAUAUAUAUGUUUUUCACCCUGCCAAUUUCCCAUUUAAAAAUCUGUUUUAUUUAGUAAUAAUAAUUACAAAAUGUAUUUGUAUAGCACCUUUUCAUACAUGGAUUGCAGUUUAACAGGAUGUGUCAAAUAUUAUUUUAUGAUAACAGUAAAUAAAAUAGAAAAUAAUUCAAAACACAGUGGUCCAUUAAAUUGGAAAUUAUAAUAAAAAUAAAAGCAUAUUUAAAAUAAAGCAGCACCCAAUGACAGCAGCUACAGAAAAAAGUUUUUUAAAAAGUGGUACAUGACCUAGGUCCUCCUGCACUAGAAAGUGUCAUAUCUCGCUUGUUUGGUGGUUUUCAUUUGGCAUGACCAGAAAUCCAGGUGGCUUGAACUUUUGAAUGCCAUAAAGACACGGUAAAACGAUAUGAAAAUAUUUACUAUCCCUCCUGAAAGUCAUUUGCUUGCAUUUGUUCAGGUUGAAAACUUUAACAAUUUGUAGAAACAAUUCAAGCAGAAACACUUGAAUGGAGCUGUCUGGUCGUGAGAGUCAGCUGCCUGAUAAUCAUUUCCUGCCCUGUCAGUCUCCUGCCUGAGUCUUUACUCCAUUUUGGCUGAUAUCUUUGCCUGCAGGAAUUCCCUCCAAGUGCCCCAAUUUUGUACUCAACUGAAGCCAUUAUAAGACCAGUCUUGUGUCAAUAACUGCCCCUUGAAACACAACACCAUUUUAUUUAAUUAGUGUAAUAUUCUAGCUCUAGGGAAGGAAAUUUGGAAUUUUGUAUGGAAACUGAAUUAACCAAAUUCCAUACUUCAUUUGCUUGUUCAGUGUUUUCCUGUCAUUCUUGGUAUUUGUUAUAUGUUUUAGUAUUAUCCUUGGGUAGUGUUUGUAAAUUUCAAUGUUAUACUCAGAUUUUGUUUUACUUUAAAAUGUAAACAUUACCCCUUUUGUGUGUGUGCGUGUGUGUGCGUGUGUGUGCGUGUGUGUGUGUGUGUGUGCAUGCGCAUGUGCGUGUGUGUGCAAGCAUGCGUGUGUGUGCGCGUUGUGUGUGUGUGCGUGCAUGCGUGUGCAUGUGUGCGUGCGUGUGUGUGUGUCUGACAGCAGUUAAUAAACUCCAGACUUCUCACUUGUCCGUCAUUCCCUUUUUAUACUAAGACGCAUACAUAUUAUACAUAUUCAUACAGAGCUUUUUAACCUGUGGAUAUGCAGUCCCUUACACCUCUCAUUCCAUGGAUACAUCUCCCUGUUUCUCAGUCUUACACAUUUACCUGUUGAUGAGUCUCUCACAUUCACCUGCCUGUGUUUCUCUCAUCUAUUUCUCUGCGUCCCAACUCACCUUCAUGUCUCUCUCUCUCACACUUACAUUUCAUUUAAUUUCUCAUUCUUCCUCUUUCUUGGGGUACAUCUAAUGACACAUUAAAUUAAUAGAAUGAUUGUGCAGAGAAAGGAGAAAAACUGCAGAAAGAUGCAAUGAAAGGAUCAGGUUUAUUAUCUUGUACAAUGGAAUCCAUUGUGAAGGCAGUGGCAAAUUACUACCUAAUCGCUCUGGGUUUUCCACAAAAGAGGUUUCUAUUUUUCCCUUGAAUUUCAAUCACAUUGCACUUUUUCCACUCUGAAUUUAUCUAAGUCAUUUAAAUAUGAGUAGUUAUUUUGUAUUGUUAGGUAAACCUUACAGAUGUAGUUGGAAAGCUUUCAAAGCCAGUCUAUGUGGAAUAUGUCUGUUACAUAUCCCCUGUACAUACGGAAUGUUCGUGCACAUGAUGUCAGGGGAAAAGGAAUCGGAAUGAUAAACCUUUACCUGUAUUCAAUCGACAUUUGCCCUUUCACUCACUGUUUUCAUUUAUGAGUGUGAUGCGGCAUGGAAAAUAAACGUCUUAAACGUAAAACAUUUCCUCUUCCAGGUGCCACAUUUUCUUCAUGUAUACACCUUUUACUUUUAAACUGAAAACAUCUAAAAGCCGUGAAGGAUCACAUCUUAUUUUAGGACUGUGAACAUUUUCCUCUUGUCCUUUGCGCAAUACCAUUGCUGUCUCAGUGUCCCAUUAGUUUUGUCCUCCCGGCGAGAGCUCCUCUGAGCUGAGCUACUUUGUCACCCUCAGGUGUGUUAAUUGUUCUGACAUGGGUCCUUGCGGAGGCCUCAGGACGAAUUAAAGUCAUCGUUACAGUUUCAGGAGACUGAAGGCCAGCUGGAGGCUGUCUGUGGUGACUUAUUGCAUGCGCGUCUAGAGACUUCCUGAUCCCUUGUCCAAAGGACGGCGUCACAUUGUGUGCCUUGUCACUGCCUCCUAGCCACUCUCAGCAAGAGCUACAGUUCCAUGCUGUACAGGGACACUGGCCAUGUGUAACAGUACAGGAACGCCUCGUAGCCUGUAUUUACAAAAAAUACUGCAUAACUAUUAAAGUUAAUGUAACACAUUUACUGUGUUUUUAUUAAGUCUUUCCACCAUGCACUACUGUUGCAGCUGUGCAGAUCCAUUAGCAUGGUGAACACAGUGGUGUGGACUGAUGCAUGUGACCCCAGUUUCCCAGUUUCUCUCUCUCGCAUGGACUAAUCCUCCCAGGAAUCACAGCAUCCAGUUUAAGCCAAAAGGAUGUGAUUUUUAAACAUAUGGCUCUGUAGAAUGUCAGAAUAGGCCAGUGCAGUCUUUGUAUAUACAACAUAUCUCUUGCUCUAAUAUUUUCACAGCUAUCUCUCGUACAAACAAGUUUUAUUUGCACGGAUCUUCUCAUGAAUUAAUAUCCUUGUUGUUAGAAAUAAAAUGAAUCACAACACACUGAUUUUAUCUCAGCUAUUAUUAUUAACAAAACAAUUUGUCAUUAAAGAAUGAGUAAAAGGCAGAUUAAAAUGACUGUUUCCUUGCAUUGAAACUAUCACAGCAUUGAGCCAAGCUUCUGACUCCACAGGCUAUGCCAUGCAUUAAUAACUCUCUGUGUGAAGAAAUUCCUUCUAGUACCAGUGUGUCACUGUGAAAUUUACUUUAUACUCAUUUCCACCUGCGCCCUCUUGUUCUGCUGACAGAACUCAGCUUGAAAGUGCCUCUGUGUUCAACCUUAUUAAUCCCUUUAAAGAUUUUAAAGGCUUCAGUCAAAACCCAUUAAGCCCCCUUCUGUUCAGACAAUAUACCAGUAGAGUAGAGAAUAAUAGAAGUGUUCAUAAGUCAUCCUGAGUGAUUUAAUUGUAAAUUACCCAUUCUUAUUUCUAUUUCAAAAUUGAACCACAUGUGCUAUAACUUACUGCUCCUGGUACCUACCUGUUAAAGUCUAUUUUUAUUUUCAGAGAACAUACUGUUUCAAUAUGCCAUGGUGUUUUUCAGCUCUACUGAACAAUUAUUGCAUUUUAAUUAAUCAGCCACUAAUUUGAAAUAAUGAAAUUGGUUAUUGAGAAACAGUCCCUUGCUCCUUCCCUCUGCCCAUCUUGCUUCCCUCCAUCUGAAGGGGAUGGAGGUCUUGUUACAGUAGCAGGUGGUGGUGUUACUGACGGUAGGAGCUGUUAGGAAAUGCUCUCUUGUUCUUCGACCUUCAAGAUAAUGCGCAAUAUUUUAGCUUUUUCAAGAGGUGAAUUUCCAAGUGUAUUAUAUAUUGUAAUGACAGAGCCAAAUAGAUUUCUCUUUUCCAACCAGUAGUUUUAGAGAAAGUAUCCUUGGAAAUAGCUGUUAACAGCAGUUUAAAUAUUUUCCUUAAUAAUAGGUAUGCUUGUAAAAGCUUUUAGUUGUGAUUUUUUUUAUCAACAGAUUUGGAAAGAAGAGACGUACUGCCAGCAUGAUUAUUAAUGGAGGAAAUCAAGAAGGGGACAAAUACUUUUUCAGGGUACUGUAUAUCCGAAAAGACAGACUUGAUCACACUUCAAUAUAAUCGUGAGUGUCACAGAUGUUUUGUUGAGAAAUUCGAAACCCUGACCUUCACAUACUCUCCACAGCAGCGAUUUUAUAGGACGAAAGCAGCGACAGGGGGCGCAGAAAGUUAUUUUGCCUCAACACGUACGUUUGAUGCGCUGAAGAAAGUACUAGCCACUAUGCGGGUGACCGAGAGCACCAGAGGGGAGGGAUACCCUACAACUACGAUGACAAAUGCUUAUUGUGGAAUCUGAAAAAUAUUAUUAUUUUGAUUUGCUGUCGGAUUUAAUAUUUAACACGAGAACUGGUUGCUCCUUGUCGGAUUUUUAAAUAAAUGUUGUCCUGCACGUUACUUCACACUUUUCAAGUCACCGUUCUGCCAUUUGGUGUGCUGAAAACGAAGACCAGAUUUGAGAGGACCACAGCUCACUCACAGUUGUACAAGUAACAAGGUAAUAUUCUCAUGCACGUCUCGCUUAGAAUGUUUUUUUUUUUUUGUCAAAAUUCGGAAUGUUCUUAAACAUCUUAUUAUUGAAAUAUUAGAUUAAUUGGAAAUAAUUAUAAUAAAAGAAGAAGAUGAAAUAAUUCGUAUUAUUUUAGGCAUAGACAAUGAGUAGUCCUUUAAGAUUCCAAGUAUUAAACUUUUGGUGUUCGUAUUAUAUGGAGUCAAAGCUUGGAAUUAAAAAUAAUAAUUUAUUAAUUGGGAUUAUUAUCUAUUAGUGUAUUCUUGCGUUGGAAGUUCGGACUGGUCUGUGGUUAAAUGUGGUUAACCACAGACCAGUCCUCCCCUGCGCAGCUCGGCCCCGCCUGCAUUAAUGUGGUUAAAUGUAUUUAUCUAUUUAAUCUAGUUUUAAAAUAUGCCCUUAAAUAACGAUUACAUGUAAUUCGUUCAAAAAUCGAAUGACAUCUAGACUUCACCUUAAGGAAAUUAAGCAAUCCCUCUUGAAGAUCCCUGCCUGGCGCUUGGGUAUUUCUGUACGUUUGAAUGUUUUUUUUUUCUUUUCUUUUUUUAUUAAAAAAAAAUAUAUAGGCCUACAUUUUUAAAGGUCAUUGGUUUUGAAUUAUAAGUCACUCGUUACCUUUAGCGCGAUUCGAUGCUUCCGAAUUUAUUCAGAAAACAUCAGCUCUUCUUGCCUGUCUACAGGAAUUCAUUUUCGGCGUGUUAAUCCCUACUGCCACUUGUUCACUUGUCAGUAUAUAAGGGUAUCUAUGCGAUGAUUAUAAUGAUGUAUUUGGCCGUAGACUUGCAGUAACGGCUUCUUCGUGGAGAAUAUGAUUUUCCAAGUUGCAAGGAUGAUAAAACGUUAAGUUUUAGGUUUUUUUUUUAAAAGAGAGAAAAAACAUCGUGCAUAGUGACUGAAAGAUGCUAGGCUAAUGUCCAAAGUGUGAAAAGUUGAUAGGCCUACUUCCAAUCUGAUCAUGAUAAUUACUGUAGCAGUUGUGUUCAGUUUUGAACUGUACAAGUGCAUUUUUGGCCUCUGUAAAUCUCAGCUGUCUGUAUGUGUGUGUGUGUAUACACUUUCUGCUUUUAUUUGCACUUUGUGAAGCACUUUGUGGACCUUGUCCUUGAAAAGUGCUAUAUAAAUAAAGUUUACUUACUUACUGUCACAGAUGCUUACAUUACAUUCCAUGAAAUGCAUACAAUUUCUGCCACAACACAUGCUGCAUCCUGCAUGAAGGUUUCCCUACCUAGGAAAUCUUUUCAGCAUUGCCACAAGCUAAGAGAUUUCAGAGAACUCUAGUGUUAGUACAUUACAAGCCUUUGUUCAUCUGAUGUAUAUUCAUGAGUUUUAUGAAUGCAUCAAUCAUAUGUUAAUUUCACACCUCAGGAACUACACUGUUCAUUCACUUCCAUUCCCACAUGCAACACUCAUUCAUGCUUAUCCCAGCAUGCUUCAGGGGAAGGGCGUAGGCAUUCUGUUCUGUAUCUUUUUUGUACAUCUUGUAAUAACAUUUUCUCAGAUAACAAGAUGACAACAGUUUAAAUCAUAAACCUUUGUGCAGGCUGUGCAAAGCACCAGGCACAAUUUAAUUUAUCUCUCCUUAAUGGAAAGUCUCUGUUUGUAGAAAUGGUUUUCUGUGUGCGUGUGUUUCACAAAAGUAUGCCUCCCUAGGAGACAGUAAGCUUGAUCACAGAAUGUGUCCUGUCCACAGCUCCAAGGUGGACUAGCAUUGAAGCAGAAGGGUACUCAUCACAAUUAGGGGGUCAUAAGUCAUCAAGUGAGGUCAAGUGGGCGAUGCCAGACCAUUUUCCUCAUGAGUAGAGCCUUUGUGCGGGGGCUAAUGAGAGCAGUGACAGGCCGGCCAGGAAGACACCAGUGCACAUGUCAGAUUUGUGCAGUGGCCCUGCCAGUCCCCCGUGGGGGCCCAUUGACAAAUUUACUGGAAAUGUUAUGAACUGAAUUAACUGAAAUAAACAUUCUGAAUAUGUACAGAUGUAAUGUAUAUUGUAUUUCCUAUUCAAACUAUGUCUUCUGCAUUUUAGUGCAUUUACAAUACAGACUCUGAGCUUAAGUUAUUUAAAUUCAUUAACUGUUGUAUGGUUUUCGCCUUCAUUCACAUGUGGCUGAUGUAGUUAAAAUGUAUACAUGUUUUGAUUAAACACAGCAAUAUGUAACUUCAUAUUCUCUCUUUAUUUCAAAUGAUCUAAUAUAGCAUCUCCCAGAGGGGAAGGAUGGCAUCUACCUCACUGCCUAAGAAAAUCUCCUCUCUGCUCACCUGUUCUGGUGGAUGAGAUUAAAAAUUGAUUGAAAUACACAGCUGGACAUUUCAAAUUUUCAAAUUUGCAGAGAAUUUUUAAAAAUGAGUUGUGGAUAAAUACCUCUAAGAAAAUUGCCGUUUUCAUGAAUUCAGUGAGCACGUGUGACCCUGGGAAAGACUGUAAAAGCAUUAUCGCUAUUUUCUAUUUGAGAAAUUAUUAUUAUUUGUUUUACAGUUUAACAAUUCACUUUUUGUCUUUAUUCCAUUUUAUAGGAAAGCUAUGAUAGGAUUUUCUGCACAAAUACUGCGAAUUUCCAUGGUUUUACUGUUGCUCGAGUCAAACCUUCUGGGCUGUCAUCCUACCAGAAAGGUCCCUGUGGGUAUAGAACACCAACGGGGCCCUGCAGGCGAGGUGGGGAGAGUGCUGGGCUCCUGGGGGCCCUGGGGCCCCUGGGCGGCGUGCUCCCGUUCCUGUGGGGGAGGGGUGCAGGAACGGUCCCGCUCGUGCCUGCCGCCUCGCACCCCCUCGGUUCCCCAGCCGUCCCGGCCGGUCGGUGCUGCGGCUGUGCCUCAGCUCCCUGGCCGUGUGGUGUCCGCCCUGCGUCCCUUCGUGUCUCUCCACCGCCAGCACCCCAAUGGCACGCACCCGCUGGGGUAUCCUUCCUCUGCACAGAGGGGUGCGGGGGAGAAGCGCAUCGCUCCGGGGAUGUACGGCUACGGGAAGAUGCCGUACGUCGUGCCGCUGCAGACGGACCCUGGCCAGGAGAGGGGGGAAUCUCAGCCAUCUCCGCCGAGCUCCCAGGCCCAGCGCAGGAGCCAGUGGCACGUCUCCAGGCAGCGCAGCCGUCGCUACGGCUACGACGGCGUCCGUCACACGCACCGCGAGUCCCAGCCACGGGCAGCCCCGGCCAGGCCCUUCCUGCACCAGCCCGGCCCGGUCCACACCGCCCAGAAAGAGCCGCGCUCCAGCGGCCGGGCCUCCCCUGCGCAGCUCGGCCCCACCUGCAUAGGGGCCCUAAAGCAGUUGAUGAUGUGCAACACUAAUUCUUGUCCCCCAGCCAGCCCACAGAUCAGAGCGGCACAGUGUUCCUCUUACAACAGUGUCCCCUUCAUGGGUCGGCUGUACAACUGGGAGCCUUUCAACGAAGUCCAGGGUGACCUGCAGUGCCAGCUCAACUGCCGGGCUAUCGGCUUCCGUUUCUACGUGCAGCAGUCGGAGAAGGUCAUCGACGGGACUCCGUGUGGUCAGAACGGGACGUCCGUCUGCGUAGCCGGGAGGUGUCAGAGUUUGGGCUGCGAUGAGUUUCUGGGCACAGGUAAGGUGAUGGACAAGUGUGGAGUGUGUGGCGGGGACAACACAGCCUGCAAAGUAGUCUCUGGGACCUUCAAGCACACCCUAACGAAGGUGGGGUACCACAAAAUUGUGGAGAUCCCGGAGGGCGCCACCAAGAUUAAUAUCACCGAGAUGAUCAAGAGCCGGAAUUACCUGGCUCUACGCAGUCGUUCUGGUCGCUCCAUCAUCAAUGGGAACUAUGCAAUUGACCGCCCAGGGAAGUACGAAGGUGUGGGCACCAUGUUCACCUACCGUCGGCCCAAUGAGAUACGCAGUACUGCUGGAGAGUCAUUCCUGGCGGAGGGGCCCACCAAUGAGAUCCUGGAUGUUUAUAUGAUCUACCAACAGCCCCAUCCUGGAGUCCACUAUGAGUUUGUUCUCCCUGCUGAGAAUGCAGUCAGUCCACAGGUUCCUCUGGAUAGAAGACCCAGUGGAAACACCUUACAUAGUCAGGGUGGACAUGAACAUGCUGGUGCAGGCAGAUACCCUCCUCAGACACCCAACAACAAAUUUCCAGUCCCCCAGCCACCCAGACACCAGCGAGAGCACAACUGGAAACUUGUGGGGUUGACGGACUGCAGCGCCUCCUGUGGCAAAGGUACCAGGUACACAGUGUUCGGCUGUGUCCACAGGGCCACUCACGAGCAGGUGACGGACAGCCUGUGCGACAGCGCCUUCAGGCCCAGCACACAGGCGGAGCCUUGCAAUAUGCAGCCCUGCCCUGCCUUCUGGGACAUUGGCGAGUGGUCAGAGUGCAGUAGAACCUGUGGCCUGGGCAUGCAGCACAGACAGGUGCUCUGCCGGCAGGUGUAUGCCAACCGCACCCUGAACGUGCAGACCAGCCGCUGCCACCACCUGGAGCGGCCCGAGACCACCAGCACCUGCCAGCUGAAGAUCUGCAGCGAGUGGCAGAUCCGCACCGAUUGGACAACCUGCUCGGUUCCCUGUGGGGUGGGCCAGAAGUCCCGGGAGGUGCGCUGCGUCAGCAACGUGGGCGACUUCGUGACCGACGAGGAGUGCAACAUGAAGCUGCGGCCCAACGACGUGGAGAACUGCGACAUGGGCCCCUGCGCCAAGAGCUGGUUCUUCACAGGGUGGGGCAGCCAGUGCUCCGCUGAGUGUGGAAUGGGAGUGCGAACCCGGAGCGUGCUGUGCCUAACCAAUCAGAUCAGCAGCUUGCCCCUGGAGGGCUGUGGACAGGUGCGCCCUCCAGAGGCCCAAGCGUGUAACAACGGCCCCUGUCACAGUCGUAUUGAGUGGUUCACAGGACAGUGGAGCCAAUGCUCUGCGGAGUGUGGCGUGGGCAGCCAGCAGAGGGAGGUGGUGUGCCUCAUGAUGUCAGACGAAGGCUUCACGGUGCUGCCCCCAUAUGAGUGCUCAUCUCUGGACCGCCCCUCCAGCCAGCAGAGCUGCCAGCUCAAGGCCUGUGGUGCCAAGUGGUACCACACCGACUGGAGCGCUUGCUCCAAAACGUGCGAGGGGGGGUUCCGCGUGCGAGAGGUGCGCUGUCUCUCAGACGACAUGCUGCCCAGCGAGGGCUGCGAGGCCCAGCUGAGGCCGGAGGAGCGGGACGCCUGCAAUCCGGACCCUUGCGUCCCCGAGAUAGAUGAGAACUGUCGAGACAAAUACUUCAACUGCAACGUGGUGGUUCAAGCGCGGCUGUGUGUGUAUAAUUACUACAAGACGGCUUGUUGUGCGUCCUGCAUGCGAGUGUCCCGCAAGCAGUCAGGUCACCGAGGACGCAGAUGACAUCUCCUUCAGGGCCAUCUUCGGGGGAGCCCAAAAACUGUGUCCACACCGAGCCUGAGCUGACCACGCUGACACAGUCGACAGCCAGCCUCUGGGCUAGAAGUCCUGGAGGGCACUGUGGGCACAGUGUACUUGAACAACACCUCCACUGAUAACUAAGAAGGUGCCAAGGAAUUGACAUACUAGACCCUUUGGAGCGCACGCUGGGGUUUCAAUGGAAAUGGGCGAAACACUGCCUGGACAAAAGGGUGCGAGCAGUGCAAUGGGCGAGAUUUCUCUGGCAUUGCCCGCAGCUCAAAAGGGGUGAGUUCAUGUCCGAAUUCAUGUGCUACAGGUGCUAUGCUUGUUGCCUACGUUGUUUGAAGAUAAACUGUGAAAUGACAGAUAAUUUCAGGUCUCAUCUACAGGUAAAGUCAAUCUCCGCUAAGUUCAAAAACAUUUUGGGAGCCAUGGAGAACACGGUGCAUUGUUUCAGAGUUUCUAUUUGGAGGGUUUUUCCCAGAUUCUGACAUUGUAACUGUACUGUAUUCUUGCUGGCUGUGAAGGACUGAGCUGCCUGGUAGAAUGCCUCACUUGCAUGGUAACAGCUAUUGCAGUAUCAAAGUUUUACCAGUAGGGGUACUGAAAAAAAUCUGUUCAGUUCUUAUUUUUUGUAUUCUUUUAUAUUCAACAUUUUGUAUAGAAUGUCUACUUUUGUAUGCCUCAUCACUUUAUAAAAUGCAUAUUUAUGAGGAAAUUAUGAAUUAUAUAUUGAGGUUUACUAAGUUUUGUUAUUUGUUGAUUAAAAAUGUUUUCUGAGUUCGUAAAUGUUUUAGAUAACUUUUCUAGAAGUUACGCAGAAUUUAACUUUACCAAAGACAGAUGGAAAAAUUGCAGCACAGGUUCAACUCAAGUUAUAAAAAUAAGGGUAAAAAUAAAGAAAAUAAUUUAUAGUAUACAUUAUACAUUAUAAUUGAAAUAUUGCCUUCAUUACUUACAACUGAUGUUUUUGUAAUCUCAGAAUUGAGCCUGUCUCCCAGCUGCUGCUGAUGAAACUGACACUACAUCACCAGAAUUUACUCUGCAUGUAAAUGUGAAUGCAUGCACGUAAAUCAUGUUGCCUGUAAUUCAUGCAUAUUUAUGUAACAUAUCACUUAAGAUUGUUACUGAAUUAUCCCUUAAAGUUCACUUCUGAAACUGCUCUGCAGGAUAUUUGUGCAUUAUUUACAAUAAUGGAGAAAACUUUUAUUAUAUGCUGGUUCAAAAUGCUGUAAUUAAUGUUUGUUUGGCCUGUAGGUACUAAUAGAUUGGCUUGUCCUAUUUGAGUGAAGCAACUGAAACUGUUGUUCCAGCACAUCAUCCAGUCACGAAUAGUGGACCAGCGGGAUGACAAAAGCAAUUCCAUAUGUGAACAUGACUUUCUUAAUUUUAUAUAUUAUUUGACCUCUUUUUCACCUACCCAUGUACAGUAUACUAGUUUGUGGGCAUUGUAUUUAAUUCACUGGUAUUUGAUUCCGUAGAUUAAGACAUUCAUCAGAUAUAUUAUAAAGUUGGUCUUUUCAGCCCUAAAGUGGUGCCCACAACCAGAGGUUUUUAUCAGUUUCGCUGAAUUAAAAUAGAAUCCGAUAUUAGAAUUUGAUUUCGAGUCACUGUCAGGUAACUUACAUUUCAAAAUGACAAUGUACUAUGCAAUUUGCCCAAUAUUUUCUUUUAUGGAAAUAAUGUUGUUUUAUUGUAUGUUUUAGGGACAGUAAAUACUGAAGCUAGUUCCAAAUGGGAUGUAAAACAAGUCAUACUGCAUACUCAUAUCUGUUCCAAAGGGCUAUUUUUAGUAGGCAAUAUACUUAUGUUAUUUGACACAAAUCAGCAGCUACACAUUGGUGCAUAAUAAUGCUCAGUAAUUGACAGUUAUAUUUCCUGCCUACUUGAAGUGUUACAAAAUGUGUUGUAAAAUAGGUCUUUCAUAAUCCGUACAAGAUGCAAUUCAAACUGAACAGUAUUAUUCAGGCAGGUACUGUUAAGAAAUGCGUGGUCAUCAUAUGUUGUCUUACCAACAGGAAGAGCUGGUAACAGAGGUAACCUGAAAUGUAAGUGAGUGAUACAGUAUGUUAUCUUAUGUUGAAAAAUACAUUGACAUGAAAUAUUUUGGUGUUAUUUCCUCUCCAGUCAAUGAGCACAAAGCAUUUAUUGGCUUGUCACCUCAGUUUUUGAUGUUUUUCAUUUGUUUUAGUUUUUUUUGUUUUUGUUUUUGUUUUUGCUGGUUUGAGUUUUUUUUAAAAUAUUUUGAUGUCACAACGUUUACAUAAUUAAAGAAAACUUUUUUUAA